GUUUUUGAGGGUGGGUGGGUGGCACGUCUGGUUCUCGCAUCUACAAAAAAGGACGGGUGGGUGGUUGGGCUUUUUUUUUCAUGAUGAUACCACUUUUCGUGUUUUUCUUUCUUCUUUCUACUUCUUCGUUUAUGGGCUCAGAUUUCCCUCCACACACAAAUACCCACUGGAUGGAGCAAGGAGACGGAACUGGUCAUUUUGUACGUGUGUGCGGAGGCUUCUUGAGUGGUGGGCUUUCUUUCCAUUUAAUGGUCAGCAAGGCAGCUCGGCCCACCUUAGGCAGUCGUAGCAUACCUACACACCUACCUUGAGUUUUGCGGAGUAAUACAGAAAACCUAUGAUUAAAUUUCGUGAUUAAAGAGCUCGUUGGAAAUGUGAAUCCUCUUAGUCUUGAGUCACU